AUGGCAUCCCUUCGAUCUCAGAGUGCAGCCCGCCUGCUGCGGAGCGCCGCUCCUUUCCGAGCUUCCCUGCCGUUGACUGCUCGCCGAUUCGAGAGCUCCGUCGCUACCACCACGCAAGCUCCUCCUGCUGCCGUCCCUCCCUCGACCGAACAGAACCAGCCCGAUUACAGCAUCCAGGCUGAUAAGGCGACCUCCACCUUCACCCCCGUCCCCAAGAAGCUCCAGAAUGGCAGCGAAGAUGUCCCUUACAUCCAGGCCGCUGUCAUCUCCGGCGCUCCCAUCGAGCUCCAGGCCCGAACUGUUCGCAUCUACCAGGAGGCGAAGCCCGCCACACAGUCCGGUAACUGGCAGGGUCACCACUGGCGUAUGGACUGGGACAUUCUCCCCAAGGGUCAUCGGUGGGAGAACCCUCUGAUGGGCUGGCAGUCAUCUGGUGACAUGAUGCAGGGCACCAAGCUCAACUUCAAGUCCAAGGAGGACGCCAUCCACUUCGCUGAGAAGCAGGGCUACGAGUACUUUGUCCAGGAACCACAGUCGAGGAAAAUCACCCCCAAGGCCUAUGCCAACAACUUCCUUUACUCCCCCAAGAAGCUCAAGCACAUCCGAACCAAAUAG